UUUUUUCCCAGAUAGUCACAUGAUCAGUCAAGAUGCCCUCUACACCACAGCUGUCUCCACAGGAGGAACAAGAGAAGCUUCUAGAGGAGGCUCUCAGCAUUGUGAAAAAUCAGUCGUUUCAGAUGAAAAGAUGCCUUGAUAAAGGCAAGUUAAUGGACGGACUGAAGCAUGCAUCAACAAUGCUUGGAGAGUUGAGAACAUCCAUGUUAUCACCUAAAAGUUACUAUGAACUGUAUAUGUCAAUAUCGGAUGAACUGAGACAUCUAGAGCUGUAUCUGGUAGAUGAAUUUCAGAAAGGAAGAAAAGUUUCAGAUUUGUACGAGCUGGUUCAAUAUGCUGGGAAUAUUGUUCCUAGAUUGUAUUUGUUGAUAACAGUUGGUGUAGUGUACAUCAAAACAAAUGAACUGUCAAGAAAAGAUAUCCUGAAAGAUCUGGUGGAGAUGUGCCGAGGAGUUCAACACCCACUGCGUGGCCUCUUUCUCAGAAACUACCUUCUACAGUGCACCAAAAAUGUCUUGCCAGAUGUAGAAGUUGAAGCAAAUUCUGGAGAGUAUGAAGCUGGUACCAUCUCUGACUCGGUUGAUUUUAUCCUACUGAAUUUCUCUGAGAUGAACAAAUUAUGGGUACGCAUGCAGCAUCAGGGUCAUACACGUAACAAGGAGAAACGAGAAAGGGAGCGGCAAGAAUUACGUAUUCUUGUCGGAACAAAUCUGGUGCGACUCAGUCAGCUGGAGUGCAUUGACAUGAACAGAUAUAAAAAGGGUGUACUACCUGGUGUGUUGGAGCAGGUUGUAAGCUGUAGGGAUCCAAUAGCCCAGGAAUAUCUCAUGGAAUGUAUUAUACAGGUCUUUCCAGAUGAUUUCCACCUACAGACCCUCAGUCCAUUUCUGCGAGCUUGUGCAGAGCUACAUGCUAGUGUUAAUGUGAAAAAUAUCAUCAUUUCUUUGAUUGACAGGCUGGCCCAAUUUGCCCAGAAUGAGGAAGGAGCUGGUAUUCCCCCAGAGAUACAACUGUUUGAUAUUUUCUCUCAGCAGAUUGCACAAGUUAUACAGAAUCGUCCAGACAUGCCACCAGAAGAUAUUGUAUCAUUGCAAGUAGCCCUUAUCAACCUUGCCCUGAAAUGUUACCCAGACAAGAUAGAAUAUGUGGACAAAGUCUUAGAAACUACAGAGGAUAUAUUUAACAGGCUAAACUUAGAUCAAAAUCUACGUAUAUACCGCAGCCUGGAGCAUGGAAGUUCUGUCUCGAAGGAGCUGAUGAGGUUGAUGAAGAUCCCUGUAGAUAACUACAACAAUAUCCUUACCGUCCUCGAACUGCAGCACUUUGGACCGUUGUUUGAAUACUUUGAUUAUCAGAGUCGGAAAGUGAUGAGCUGCUACCUGAUAACUAAUGCGUUAGAUAAUGAGACAGAUAUACCAAAUCAGGAACAGGCGGACAGUUUGUUAUCAAUUAUCAGUGUACUUGUACAAGAUCAGAAUGAUCAGCCUGAGGAGGGAGAUGAUCCAGAAGACUUCGCGGAGGAGCAAGGUCUCAUGGGCAGAUUCAUCCAUCUCCUCCAGUCUGAGGAUCCCAACCAGCAGUACCUGAUUUUGAAUACAGCUAGGAAACAUUUUGGUGCAGGGGGUGACAAAAGGAUCAAGUUUACGCUGCCACCUAUAGUGUUCUCAGCUUACAGACUGGCUAACAGAUACAGAGAACAUUCAGAGGAGGAUGAGAAUUGGGAGAAGAAAUGUCAGAAGAUAUUCCAGUUUUGUCACCAGACAAUCGGAGCCCUGAUCAAGGCAGAGCAGGCUGAGAUACCACUUAGGUUGUUCUUGCAGGGAGCCAUGGCUGCCGGGGGUAUAGGCUUUGAAAAUCAUGAGACAGUGGCAUAUGAGUUUAUGUCACAGGCAUUUUCCCUGUAUGAGGAUGAAAUCUCUGACAGUAAAGCUCAGUUGGCAGCUAUUACAUUGAUUAUAGGCACACUGGAACAGAUGUCGUGUUUCGGUGACGAGAAUCAUGAACCGUUAAGAACACAGUGUGCGCUGGCUGCAUCCAAACUUUUGAAGAAGCCAGACCAGUGUAGAGGUGUGGCAACUUGCUCACAUCUAUUCUGGUCAGGGAAGAGCACUUCAGUGGAAGGGGAGACACGUGAUGGUAAGAGGACGUCAGAUUGUUUGAAGAAGGGUGUAAAGAUUGCUAACCAGUGUAUGGAUAAUUCCGUACAAGUACAGCUGUUUGUAGAACUACUUAACCACUAUACAUACUAUUAUGAGAAAGGAAAUGACCAGGUGACCAUACAAGUAUUAAAUCAGCUGAUAGCAAAAAUAAAAGAGACAUUACCAAACCUAGAGGCCAACGAGGAGACAGAACAAAUAAACAAACAUUUCCAGAAUACUGUCGAACAUUUACAAUCAAUGAAACAACUCGGAGAUUCAGAUGGACCAGAUUAUAGUGAACUUGUCAUUUAAAAUGAUCUAUAUAUGUGAAAUAAUAUUUAUUACGAUUGUAAACAUUUAUAAAUGGUGAAAAACAGUGAGCAGUAACAGUUGGAAAGGACCUAGCUGUUGGUAACUGGUUAAUUUGUUGGUAACUGGUUAAUUAACCAAAAUACAGAAAAUGUAUUUGUGAAAUACUGUCAGAUGUUGGUGAAUGUUGAUCUACAUGUAGUUAUAUACAAAUAUUGAAGAAACAUCUUAGCUGUGUAUAAAGAUGUAUAAAAUACAUUUAAUUUAUUAAUUAUUUGGUAUGGUGAAAAAGAGACAUUUGAAAGAAUACAACAGUAUCUUAUAUUAUUGGAAUGUAUAACUGUAUAAAAGCAGUCUUUCUGGAGGUGAUAGAUUGUCAGUUUUAUAGAAUUUAAAAAUUGAACAGAGCUGAUAUUUUUCUACUUCAGGUGUCUGAUAAAACUGAACAUAUGGUGACAUUUAUCUGCUGUCAAGUAAUGUUAAGAACAGGAGAUGUACAUGUAUGUACAAUAGUUUCAUCACCAUCAGUGCAUGAAUCACAGUUUCCAUAACAGGGUUUUGUUGGUCAAUUUCUUUCAUGUUUUAUCAACUUAUUUUGAAAAACUUACGAAAAAAAUAUCAGUAUUAUAUACUUAAUCAAUUUAAAGAAUAGAAAGAAUGGUUAUAUAUUUGAAUUUUAAAAAUAUCUGUCAGGCUGGGGUUAUUUCCUAUUACAAAUUCCUGUCAGUGUUGGCCAAAUUUUAUUUUCAAUUUCGACUACGUUUCAGAUCCUUAUAAAAUUAUGAAAUUGGUAAGAAAAUAUUGUUACUUUUUCAAAAUGAUAACUUUUCAAACCUUUCUCAUGCAGGAGUUUACAUACAAUUUUCCUUUGAAAAAUGCAUAUUUUAAAACCUUCCUUUCUACACCACUGUGGAUUCCUUUAAAAAUGGAAAUCAAAUGUCACAUGUAUUUGGCUUUUUGCAUUAUCAGACAAAUAUUUAAUUUAAUUUUGCCACAGAGUUGAUAAAACAAACAGUUUUUCUGUUCAGCGUACAUCAUUUUAGCCAUCCUGGUGUGAACUGUAGUUGAUAUCUCUGAAACUUGAUUUCAGUGUUGUGAUGUUUGUUGUCGUUAAAGGUAUACUAUACACAGAAUUUGUAAUUCGAAAUAGGAAUAAUUACUACAUAUAUUUAUGUAGACAUAACAAUUAACAAAUAUAUGUUUUUAUAGUACAAUGCAUUAGGUUUAAGAUAGUACACACUUUAUAUAUGUGUAGCUACCGGUAAAUACAGUAUAAAUGUGUCCUACAUGUGUAGCUAAAUACAGUAUAAAUGUGGCCUACAUGUGUAGCUAAAUACAGUAUAAAUGUGUCCUACCACUAAAAACUUGUAAGUUUUUGAACAGUGGUCUGUUACUGCAUGACAUUAUGAAUGUAGCUCUACACACGCAAUUAAUUCAUAUAUGUAGCAAAGUUAUAUACAUUUGAUAAGGAUUUUCUACAUUUGGCAUAAAAUAUUUAGCUGAAAGAUGGACAUUGAAUAUCUUUGAUAAUAUGGACCAGCCUAGACCCGCAGUUAAUCAUGAACAGCAUUUGGCUUUGAUUAGAUCUCACAGAUUUAAUAUUUAACUCUAGACAAGUGCUUUUAAUUAUAAUUGUUAAGUGUAUGAAAUGUUUUAAAGUGUGCAAUACUCUGUUGAAAUUUGUAAUAAAAUGUGGAAAUAUAA